UGCUUUUUUAGCAGGUAUCCUAUUACCCUGGAUAGUUUCCGGAACACUUCAAACACACAUGCCAAGCAGCUUGACUGGUUCAUGUUCUAUCUCCUGUCGUAUCAGUUGGCAGAUGAGGGAGUUUGUUUCAUCUUUAUUAAGCAUGAAUUUGUAUAGUUUCCCAUGACGCAGAAACGAAAUCCUUGGAAGAAGAACCUUUAUGAAAAUGAAGGGUAUCCAGACAAUUAUACAGAUCCUUCAUUCCUGGAAGAGUUGAAGAAGAACAUCAACCUUCGUCAGGUGACACUGACCAAUGCUUUCCUUGGAGCAGGCCUGGUCACUCAAGAAUUAUGCCUUGUAGUUUAUUUUGUGGUAGCAUUCACUUACCUUUACAAUGAGUGGAUCACAGCAGAAUGCAUAUUCUUCUGGAGCAAUGCAAUUUCACUAAGCUGUUACGCUUACUAUGUUUACAACGAUUCUGUUGGCAUUGUUAAACAUCUAAAAAUGGUCGUUAUAUUUACACUUUUUGGAUAUAUCCUUUCUCCUGUUUUAAAGACAUUAACCGAAACAAUUAGCACAGACACCAUCUAUGCAACUACUGUGUUCAUGAUGAUAGUUCAUAUGACAUUUUUUGAUUAUGGAGUAAAAGCGUUAAUAGUUUCCAGCUCCUUAUCGCUUAAUGCGGCUAUAUUCGGCUCCAUAUGUCUUGUAUCAAGGUUACCGACACCAUUCCAUGCAUUUGUUUUAUUAACGAUAUCGGUUCAAAGUUUUGUACUUUUCCCUUUGCUAUUAGCAAAAAUCGGUACUUCUCUUACUGCUUUAUUUUUUAUCACCGCCUCUACAAUAUGCUUGUUAUGUACAUUUUCAAUGACUAUAACUGUACUUUUUGUGAUAACUGUGACAUUUAUAAACUUACUUUGUCCAUUCUGGUUUCAUAAAUGGCAAAAAUAUAAAGAAAACAUCUAUGGACCAUGGGAUGAAGCUGUUGUCCAAGACAUUAAACUUUGAAAAUACUUGAUUGGAAAAUCUGUUCAUUCAUACUACUAUUGCUUCAAUUUUUAUCGUCAGUAUAUUAUUAUGAGGUGAAUGUGAAUUUCUAACCAAUUAUUCAACCAAAUUUACUUCAUUUGAUCUUAUUAAAAAAAACUAGUCAUCUAAUAGAAUUUCAUUGUUAAUUUUAAGUAUUAGUAAUGUAUUGUUCAUUUGUAAAGUAUUGCUAAGAAUCGGAAGAGUAUAAGCGUUAGAAAAAUAUUGGUUCCUUAUAAAAUUAAUGUCAAAUGCGCGCAAACCUAUUCACAGGUGUAGGCUAUACUAUUACUUUGUGAAUAAAUUUUGUCCAUAAAAUAAG